AUGUACGCCGCUCAGAAUAUAACGCCAACAGUUUUGGAUGCCAUGAAUGGAAAUGUUUCCGAAUGGUAUAACGAAUGCGACAAUGCCAUUAGAAGGUCAGAAAUAGUUCCUGGAACUUACGAAUAUACAACUGCUGUUUCUUAUGGAAACGUAGGUGAGUUUGGAGAAGGUUCUUCAACAACAGUAGAUAUUGCUUGCGACAGGUUUCAUAUUAUUUCUAUUGACAACUCUUUCUUAUACGUGGAACAAGACAUUGAAAUAAAACCUUCUGCCAAGUUGUCUGACAAGAAAGGUUGCAAUGGAAUUUUCUAUGUCGGAUACCAAUAUGCUCCAGAAGUUUUCAUGGGAUAUAAGAUAUAUUCUAACUCUGACUUAGUUCAAACAGUAACAUGGGCAAACUAUGAAUGGUUCGCUUUGAGAAACUCAGUACAACCACAAGCUAGAGAACAAACAGACCAGUAUGCAACUAUUGAGAAAAUAAGAAGACUUGACCCUAACGUUCCAGGA